AUUUCCUAUCGCACCUAUUUUGAUGACAGAAGACCAGGAUGGAUUCUUAAAAUUGGGCUUGUUGUUUUGAUUUCAGUAACGUCCCUGAAAUAUUAGUAAAUAGACGGAUGUGGAUAAACCUAUAAGUAUAGAACUCUACACUCUGAUGUUAGCCAUUCGCCUCCAUUCUGCCAAACUAAUUUCUCAUUAGCGAUCGAACUUGUGUCGAAUUUUGAGAAAACAACACCAACACCAUAAUGAAGAUGAUGAACACUCUCAUUUAUUUGGCGGUCAUGUUCUACCUGGGAACUGGUGCUGUCGUAGAUACUGAACCGAAGAUAAGUGAAGAUGGAAUUGCAGAAGCAAGAAUUGCUUUGGAGGAAAUGAUCGAAAAACUUGAGACGGAUGGAAUGGUUCCGGAUAAGAAAGCAGAUAUCGAUACGUCAAAUGAGGAAUUGAUAACUGAUGUUUCAGGGAAUGAUUUACAAAAUGUAGAAAGAAUGGGUUGCCAUUGGAGAGGAAAUAAUGGAAGAUGUUGUGUAAGAAUCAGACAUAUUCCUUCAUUCUGCAUCAGUAUGUAUGUUGGGAGAGGGGCAAUAACAUUCAGGCUGACGGUCGGUAGACGCACAUUGAUGACGAGAACUUACCGAGGCAAGUUCUCGAAAACCUUCUACGUACGUAUUGGAAUCUUAAAGGUAGGUCUCAGAAUCUCCGUCGUAAGCUUCACCGCUCACAGCGUUAGGAUAUGCUUCGGGAUAUCUUACCGUAUUUUCUUUCACCAUCGCUCUCAAAAUCUCGGUUGCACCACCAAACGGUUUCUUUCCAAUGAAAAUAUCCCACUGGACGUUAUGGAUGAUGUGAUGAUGAAUGCUAACUCAUUUUUGGCGUCCCAAGGUAUCGAUGCUGAGAAACUUUCCAGUUUGGAAUACAUUGAUGAAGAAAACCAAAGUGAAAAUCCUCUCGUUUGGAAAAUGAAUGCCUAGAAAAAAAAAAAGAUUCUCUGAAUAAUAUGAAAUAUGGUAGUUUCUUUUCUUGAUAUCAUAGAGGUAAAUAAUAAAGUCUGAAUUUACUGUCUGAUAUCAUGAAAUGAUACAGAAUAUACUGCAAGACAUUAAAAGUUAAAGCUGAAAGAAAAAUAAGUAAAUUCACUUGAUAAGAUUAUGAAAAUAUAAGAAACCAGAAACUGUUCAAUAAAUGUUUGAUUAAUUUA